AUGGCGAUCGAUCCGUUCCUGUUCGACACAUAUAAGCAGUACAAAGCUGGUACUGACAAGGUGACAACAUGGCUGGCUAACAGAGCACGAGAGAUGAAUACCUUCGACGACCUGUUUCCAUCCGAAGCCGCCUCUGCCAAGGGUAAAGGGUCAAAUAAACGGGCAAAGGGAAACAACACGAAAGAAGGUAUGGACAGUACCGAGGAAGGCGUUGACGUGGCGGGUCUUGGCACUCUCUUUGAGCACCUAGAAGUUGAUGAGCCUCUUGAGUGGACGUCAAACAACUUGCCGCCUAAGUCAACCAAAACCUUCGAUGCUUACGUGCUUGAGCCUACCGACGAAGAUCUCUCGUUCGCGAUCUUCUGCCUUUUCAAGGAUCUUACCGACAUCCGCCACUACGUUCGUCAGACUUGGACCGAAUAUAGAGAGCGUCAGAUCGCCUUCACCACUGCAGCAGUGACGAUGAAUACGGCUAUCUCCACACCCCGUCGUCUCAACGAAGAGUUCCUCUCCAACUUUCCCCGCUUCGGUGACCACAGCGAGAUUAUCAAGCACCCGCACAAUGGCUACCAUGAUCCAUCUCACGAGAAAAAUGACGAAGACUUCGCGACAUACACUGGUCUUCACUUGAAGAUUUCUUCCAAAGUCCUCUUUUGCGACCUUACGUACGAAAUGAUCGCCGGCUUCUUUAUGAAGGGUAGAAUACCAUUUUAUCAACAAGAGCAAGUCCGCGGUGCCGGAAUUCGAUCUACAGAUGACGAAGAAGCUUUAUGCAAGUGCCUCUCGCUGUUUGGUUUGGUUAAUUCGCAAUGUGAAGGCAACUUCUAUAACGACCAGUUAUUCCAAGCAUUGCAUAUCGCCAAGAAAGAAAGCGCGAUCUAUACCUGGGUAGUAUUUGCGGUUCAACUGUCUGUUGACACUCGCCGUGUUCUUGGCAAGGAGUUGAGUCGAUGUUUCGAUGAAACACAGGAAAUGCGAAAGCGGACGCCAGCAACAUUGGAGCAAUGCCUAUCCCUCGGCCAAAGCAACAAAGUCAACGAGCCCCACAAGACAGGAACACCACUUUUGCAGGGUAUCAAGAAGGAAAUCGAGCAUUUCCUGGAGAAAGACUUCAUGCAGGAGCUUGUAGAUGAGUACUUGGGCGUUCGCUCGGCUCUCUACCGCUGGGGUUCAUUCUACCUUGUUCGCAAUCAUCCAAUGCUUUUGGGUCUUCUUACACAACACUUCUUAACGAAAGUGCAUGAGGUCGGAAUAGCAUUGGGCGGUGAUCAAGGAGCAAUAAUUACCUCUAUUCAUUUGUACAACGCUUCUCAGCAGAGCGGCCAGUUGUCCGGGGGUUUAGAAUGGACUGACCUUGAGAAAAUCAUCGAAUGGCAGGACUCCUCAUGGAUUUUCGUCGGUGAUCGACCCAAGCUCCCGGGAGAUUGUUUAGUACACUACAACCUCGUCAUGGGCGUCAGCGCAACCAUUCUAUCAAAGGACCGUCACGGCAAAUCAACUCUUCGGCUGCGCAAGAAAACAAAGUUGCCCAUUUCACAAAAAAAGAAUCGAAAGUUGAGGCACAUGUCAACAUAUUUUGAUCUCAUGUACGCUAUUAAAGAAUGCGCCAAGCCGGGAGAGCCUCGCUGGGUUCUUACAAGAGCAGCGGGGGAGCCUCUCGCUAUGUUGGAGAUGCUUGUCGGGAAGUGCUUAGAGAGCAACAUUGAGAAAGCUGCAAGUUCGUCCAACUGUGGAAACAAGCGUUCGUCGAUAUGCCCGAAGGUUCAUCCUCUCAGAAUGAUCUCCAUCUUCAAGGACCGUCUUAAGUCAGAAGAGGAAAUAUUUCGGUUCGAUCUCUUGGCCUUGAAUCAACGCUGUGUUGAGAUGCUUCGGAAGUCUCAAGCAUUUUGCGUUGAGCAAUCAUCAAUGGACUACCCAAAAAACGAGUAUGGUGGUGAUGGCCAAUUGAACAAUUGUUUCAGUCACAUGAUUGCAGGCGUGUCUGGCGUGCCGCGUUCCCAGCCUACGAGAUUCCGAGAAGCAUGCCUCAUAGUGAAGGAAGUAGUGGAAGCCGAGGGCGGUAUUGAAUACGAGAAGGCAAAGACACGUCGUUUUGUCCAGGCUGAUGGUGGAAAGAUCAUAAUCGACAAGUUUGAGACGCCUUAUGAGGACAAUGUUUUGGUGUAUGAUAGGGAUCAUUUCAGUAGAAUUAUCAUUGCGGAUGACUCACCUUGAUUUGCUAUGAUUUGAGGUGUCGAUACGCGGAAGGAGCCUUUGAUGGAUUGUAGAAGCCGUGGGAGAGUUGGGCUGGGAGAUAUUCAGCGAAGCAGCGGGGAUUGGCUGCUGCACGCAUGCUGCUCUUGCACUUCGCAUCAAACACAUAGAUUUCAGCUCUUCAGAAUAAUGACUUGAG